AUGUCAUUUGCCAGUACAAGUGCACAAGGAAGACACUAUCUAAUGACCAAGACAAUGACAAAAAGUUCAAUUGUCAAGAGUAGAAUAAAGAAUAAUUUUUGUUUAUUAUCGGUCAAUUCAUUUAUGGGUUUAAGUAUCGACAAAAUCAAUCCGGAAAAAAUUUCAUCUACUUCUGGCAUGGAAAUCGUGAAUGUCAAUCAUGCUGGCACCAUUUACUUUGUUCAACACAAGGUUAAAGAAGUCGGUGCGACAGAAGAAAUGAAUGAUCAACUUGAAAAACGAUCCCAUUAUGGAAUUGCUGUUGAUAUUACUGGAUCAUCAAAUGAACAACAUUUAAUCGCAACUCAUUUUGAUUUAUACAUUCGAAAUUCAACAGACUAUACAACACAAGUGAUGAUUCAACACAAAACAGAUGAAUGGAAUUAUUAUCUUCGAGUCGAUAAAGUUGGUAAAAUACCAUACGAAGAAAUUUUGGCUUUUUAUUUGCCCGAACAUUAUGCAGAUUAUCUCAAGUCCAAUUUGAUUCAAAAUGUAUUUAAUCCUUUAUGUCGAUCGAACGGUGGUCCAACAUGGUCAAGUAUUCUCAAUUGUCAGAGUUUCACACGCACCAGCAUUAAUUAUUUGGGAUAUGAAUUUCCAUCGUCUGUUCGAAUAACAAGCGAUUGCAUUCCCACAAUGAUGGACUUCUAUCUACAAACAUCCUUGAUGAAAGAAAAGGCAACUGAGCAAACAAAUGAACUCUCAAAGAAGUAA